AUGCAACUAAAGGUUGUGUUUGUGGUUGUAUUGUUAAUUCUGUGCCCAUUGUUGUCACUCGGGGCCCGAUAUCGCUGCUAUACCGGUACUAUCCCCGGAUGUACGUGUACUGCUACUUAUAUCGAUUAUACAUACAAAACCACCCUAUCGUGUAACGCGGGUGUGGGUAGUGUAAACGAUUUAUCCAAUACCAUACUCAAAACCUCGGGCUAUCAAUUCGAUGACGUUAUAUUCAGCGCUUACCCGAACUCACGGUUUCCGGCAAAAAUGUUUGACGAGACGACUGUAAUCAAGCGAUUAAUAAUAAAGGACUCGCCACUACUCGAAGGAUUUGGCACAAACGGUGCCGCACCUACAGGGGUGUUUACCAAUCUUGGUAAAAGCUUAGAAACUAUAGUAUUGGAUAAUUUGCCCAAGCUAAGAGAUGUUGAGUACGAAAACAUUGGCAAACAAUUGAGUCCGACUAAGAUUAAAGCGUUAGAUGAUGUUACGGAAACUCCUUCUGAUAAAGGAAGUUUGGAAGCGUUCAGCGAAAACACGUUUAAACAUUUCUUAAAAGCUGAUUUUGUUGAUCUAAGCGGUAAUCCGUUAAGUUGCGAUUGUUCAAGAUUACCCAACAAUUUUGAGAGCGAGGAAAAUAAAAUUCUAUUCCAGGGCUCAAUCUGUAGCACCCCGGCCAGCAUUAAAGGUCUACAAUACGGUAGCACCUGUAUGCAUGUGGCGUAUCUGUUUGGUGACCAUUACAAAGUCGAAUAUCUCGAAAGGUAUUCGGUCUAA